AGGAGGAGGUGAGGAAGAGGUAAGAAGAGGCAAGGAAGAGAGGAGGAAGCGAGGAGGAGGAGGAGAGGAGGAAGCAUCCCUUCGUCUCCCUUUCCCCGCUCCUUUCCACCCCUCUCAGGCAGCACGUUCCAACCAUCCAACAUCCCAGGCGGAGGAAGCACACCCUCCUCCUCCUCCUCACCCAAACCCCCAUCCCAGGCGGAGGAAGCAGAGCCCUCCUCCUCCUCACCCAAACCCCCAUCCCAGGCGGAGGAAGCAGAACCCUCCUCCUCCUCCUCACCCAAACCCCCAUCCCAGGCGGAGGAAGCACACCCUCCUCCUCCUCCUCACCCAAACCCCCAUCCCAGGCGGAGGAAGCAGAGCCCUCCCGCUCCAUGGCGGGGCCCAGCCCGGCCGAGCAGCUCCGCGCCGAGGCCUCGUGUCCCGUGUGCCUGGAGCUGUUCCAGGAGCCCGUGUCCAUCCCCUGCGGCCACAGCUUCUGCCGGGGCUGCAUCGAGCGCUGCUGGCAGAGCUGCCGGGGCUCCUUCGCCUGCCCGCGCUGCCGGAACGUGGCCCCGGAGCCCGGCCUGAGACCCAACCGAGAGCUCGGGCACGUCGCUGACAUCGCCCGGGGGCUGCUCCCGGCGGCACCGGGUUCCCUCUGCGGGCGGCACCGGGAGCCGCUGCAGCUCUUCUGCCGGGACGAGCGGGCGCUGCUGUGCCUCGUGUGCGGCCGCUCCCGGCUCCACCGGCUGCACCGCGUCGUGCCCGCCGAGGAAGCGGCCCAGGAGUACAAGGAGCAGAUCCAAAACUGCCUCCAGGCUUUGAGGGAGGAGAGAGAAAAAUACCUGGAAAGCCGAAAAUCCGGCGCUCAGAGGAGUUUGCACCUGGACAAAACCAGGAGCGAGGGGCAGCGGAUGGCGCAGGAAUUCCGGGAACUGCAGCGAUUCCUGGAGGAGAAGGAGCGUCUCCUCCUAGCCCAGCUCGGGGACCUGGACAGGGCCAUCGGCCGAGCCCAGGACGAGGCGCUGGCCAAGGUCUCGGAGGAGUUAUCCCAGCUGGACACCCUCAUCUGGGAGAUGGAGGGGAAAUUCCAGCAGCCCCCGAGCCACUUCCUGCAGGACCUCCAGCAGCUCCUGGACAGCUGUGAGAUGAUGAAGUUCCACCCCCCGGCCGAGAUUUCCUCUGAUCUGGAGAGGAGCCUCGAGGAUUUUGUCCAGAGGAACAUCCUGGUGAGGGGCGCCUUGAGGAGAUGCCAAGACAGCCUCAUGUUCCAGCUGCAGGAGCCGGCCGACGUCACCCUGGACCCCGGCACGGCUCAUCCCCACCUACAGCUCUCGGAGGACGGAAAAGAAGUGCGAGGGCAGCUGGUGCCGAGGGACGUCCGGGACCACCCCGAGCGCUUCGACUUCGAGCCCUGCGUGCUGGGGCGGGGGGGCUUCGCCUCGGGCCGGCAUUUUUGGGAGGUGGAGGUGGGGCAGGGCGGGGUGUGGGCGCUGGGCGUGGUGCGGGAGUCCGCGCGCAGGAGGGGCCCCCUGAGCCUGACCCCCAAAGAGGGGGUGUGGGCGCUGGAGGCCUUUCAUUCCCUGACCUCCCCCCGCGCCAGCCUCCGCCUGCAGCCCCCGCCCCGGCGGCUCCGGGUCUCCCUGGACUACGAGGGGCGCCGGGUGGCUUUCUUCAGCGCCGGCGACGACAUUCCCAUCCUGGAAUACACCCGGGCCGCCUUCAGCGGGGAGAGGGUCCUGCCCUGGUUCAAGAUCGGGAUGGGGGCGCGGCUGCUGGAGGUGACGCGGUGCUGCGAGGACCGGGCGGUGGCCGGGCAGGUCACGUCGCCGCUGGACUGGGUGGGCUUCGGCUUCUCGCUGCGGAUCUGCCCCUGAGGGGCUGCGGGGACGUGUCCCGAGCGAUGCCGCGGGAAUUCGCCGCCCCUCUGCGUCCGUCGGGAGCUCUGGGAUGGCCCCAGGGAUCGGCCGGCGGCCGAGUGGAGCCCUGGGGGCGGAGAGCCGGGCUCCGUGUGUGUGGAUUUUACCUUUUACCCUUGGCAGAAUGGAUCCUCCCGCUUUCCUCUCUUCCCAAAGUGCUUUUUGUCCAGGGUGUGUCCUGAACCCUUCACCUCUCGCUUUGGGGAGCUGUUUCCCAUCUCUGUCCACGUCCCCGACGUUUGUCUCAAAUAAAAGAACAUUUUGUGUUGCA